AGGGAACAACAUAAAGUAAACAUAAUCCUUUAUUAAUCAAUAAUCGAUAAUCAAUAAUAAGUCAAUAUGUCUGAUAGUGCAGCUGAACGUGCAGUCAUUUCAAUUUUGGUGCCAAUUGUUGUUGCACGAGCAAUUUAUUUAACAAACGAAGAAGAUGCUCAAAAAUGGUUGCAUUCAUUAAAAAAUGUUCCCAAAUGGGCUCAAACCAAAGAUUUAUUCAAUAUUGGAUGGAUUACAUGUUAUGCCGCUAGUGGUUUAGCCUCAGCUCUAAUUUUUAAUGCUAGCGUUGAAAAACACGUAACUAAAAAUCCAGCGCUCUUAGCCUAUCUUGCUCAAUUAGGUUUAUGUUGGUUGUAUACCAUUGCUAUUUAUGGGUUACAAAGUCUCGAUUUGGGUUUAGCCGUUUUAUUACUUUUAGAUGGAAUUGCAUUAGUUGCAACUAUUUCGUUCUUAAAAAUUAGCACUGUGGCAGCUUUGUUAAAUGGUCCAAUUGUUCUAUGGUUAUUCCUCAUAACCAGUUUAUUAUUCUCUUGUCGGAAAUCGAAUUCUGUUGCAUUGGUUGGAGGCGACGACAAAUUGAGUAUCAUGGAAAAAAUUUAAGUUGUUAUAUAUUAUAACACAUUUUGGUUGUUAUCGAUAGGAAAUGAUAAAUUUUAAUUUGUGGACAAAAUUUGAUAAGCUUUUGAUCAGAUUUUGAUUGUUAUGUUUUGUAAUAUUUACGUUUAAAAUAUAUUUUUAAUGACUCAUUUGGUUAAAAAAAAAAGGGUGUUACCUGGAAUGUUAUCCGGGAGUUUUGAAAAGGGAUGAUUUUAUAAAUUUUGAGGUACUUUUUCCAUUUUCUAUCUCGUAUUUUUAUCCUCGGCUCGCUCCCCAUAUUGGAAAAAUGCCGACGAAAGCGGUUUUUUAAUGAUAUCUUCUAUCCGAGUCAUUUUAAGAGGAAAAUAUCUGUAUACAAUACAAAUAGCAAAAGGCAAAGAUACGAGGUAGCAAAGACGAAAUUCGAAAACAGCAUCUCAAAAUCUAAAAAAUCGCCCAUUUUUAAAACUCCCGGAAAACUUUCCAGGUAAAACUACCA